UGGUGUUCUAGAGGUCUGCUGAUUAGACGCUGUCUAAGGAGGAGAAUUCUGUCCUGUGCAUACAUAACGCUCGUAAUGUGGAAGUUGUAGGAUAAGCAUUUCUGUCUUAACAGCUAUCUAGAAAAAACAACAGUAGUUUCACUUAACCCAAAAGUCGAAAGAUAGCAAAGAAGUUAAGAAAACAAUGGGAGAGGAAAUUGACUCUACAAUAACAACAGAAGAUAGCCUCAAUCAUAAAAUGGAAAAUGGAGAUGGAAUUAUGUCAUCUGAGGACUCACCAGAAAGCAAUGUGAAAUACUACACACUCGAGGAAAUUCAAGCACAUAACCUCAGCAAGGACACUUGGCUUAUCAUUCACGAUAAAGUGUAUGAUAUUACGAGUUUUAUGGAAGAGCACCCAGGAGGUGAGGAGGUGUUACUGGAGCAGGCUGGGUCGGAUGCAACAGAAAGCUUUGAAGAUGUUGGCCAUUCCACAGAUGCCAGAGAGAUGCUGGAGCAGUAUUAUGUCGGGGAGCUCCACAUGAACGAUCGAAAAAAAGAUGCGAAAAAGGAUGUUUAUAUCACAACUUCAAACGACUCUGGCAGCUCGUGGACCACCUGGUUGAUCCCUGCGGUUGCAGCGGCCAUUGUUGGGGUCAUGUAUCGCUUCUACCUGAUGGAACACAAGUCUUCUUGAUCCUAUCCCUUUCCAGUUCCAUUAGACGUUUCUCUCAUUUGUCUGGAGGCCUUAAUAUAUUUGACUAAAUCUGCCUCGUGGUCACAUCGAACACAGACACAUUUGAUGGAGCCCUUGAUUUCCUUGACACCACGUUUUUCAGAAGAGGGGACAGAAUAAUUUCACUUGAUGAGCGUCCUCCUCCCUGUUUUUAUGACUGCUCUUCCUGAGAAAGCCAUGGCUCGUUGUGUCACGAUGGUUCUAUUUGUCUGUCCGUUGCCCUGUUUCUGAUUUCUUAUGUGUGCUGACAUUAUAUGAAUUAGUAAUAACUGUGUGAACUAGGUAAAAUGGUGUCCAAAUGUUCUUAACAGAAUACAUUUCCAGAAUUGCCAGUAAUACCUAGCGUCAUAGUGGAUCUGAAAGUGAUGUGGACGUACCAACUGAUAUGAGUGAGCAACAUAUUUUUAUAACAGCAGUGUGAGGUUUGAUGUUAAAAAGUGUCUAACGUCUUCAGCUUUUAUUAUGCAUUGCUGCUAGCUUGCCGAUGAUGGAAAGGGGAUUGCCUUAGUUUUCACUUUGGGAUCCUCUUAUCACCUGAAUCAAAUGAUAAGAAAUAGAAACAAGAAGCUUUAGAAAUUAAUUGCAUUGACUAAUUUCCAGGUUGGUCCCCAGCAGGUCUCCAGAUGCAUGCUUCUUCUCAAUUGGUUAGCAUGCUGAUUCAAAGAUUUGACACUUGUGUUUUCCAACUGGAUAAAUAAGGCAUUGAUGUGUACGUUCUUCUAGGGUAAAUGGUUUGUGUUGUCCUGUCUACAUCUUGUAAUCUCUUGCUCAAACCCUAUUUUCUAUUUUUGCAUAUGCAUAUACUGAAGUAUACUACUAUCAUCUGUAAUUUAUUUGUUUAGACAUUUGUUAAAAAAAUGAUUUGGGUGGUGAGAAUUUGAGUUAGUUACCCAUGAUACUUGAAAUGCACAGAGUAUAUGCCCAUAUCUACAUGUUUCGUUCAUUUCUAUGCACAUUUAUGAUAACUUAUGCUCUUAAAGAAAGCUGCCCCUUCAGGGUUUGUUUUCUGUUAUUUUAGUUGCAACAACAUGCAGCAUAGUGAUGAAAUUGGAAAGGAAAAUUGACAGCACGUUCUGAUAAGUGUCAUUUAUUAAACCUGGGGUCCUCUUUAGAGGUGUUCUA